UCUUCCUUUGACACAAAAUACAGUAGUCGGACUUCACUGUGGAGGAGAUUUUCCACGUGUGCGUGACGUCACGACCUGGGCUCCUUUCCACCUCCACCUCCAAUCAUUAGUCACAUCCCGGCGCCUCGAAGCCGACAACGACGCACUGUCCCCAGCGCAAGCUCUCGACGAGCAUCGCGCGGCAGGCAAGACAUGGCGGCGGCUCCGUUAGCCCACUUCGACGAGGACUGGCAGGACUUCAACGAAUUCAAGGAGUCGCCCGCCCAGCCGGACGGCGGUGGUGAUGGUUCGCCUGCGGUGGCAGUGGCAGUGGCGGGGGGCCUCGACGAUCUGUCCGACCUGGACAACAGUUUCUCGGGGGAGAUCUGCAGCUUCCAGUCCAUGGAAGACCUCGUCCACGACUUCGACGAAAAGCUGACCGUGUGCUUCCGCAACUAUAACACCACCACAGAGCACAUAGCCCCCAUUAAACCCAUCACGGAGGAUAAUUACCUGAAAGACGACGAGGUGUGGAACACUCUGACAGACAACUACGGCAAUGUGAUGCCUGUGGACUGGAAGACGUCGCACACUCGCUCGCUCCACCUGCCCGCCCUCAACCUCAAUGAACGCCAGAAGCUUGACAACCAAUCUUUGGAUCUGUCGGAUGACGAGGAGCUGAGGGAGCAGAUGGACAUGCACUCCAUCAUCGUCUCGUGCUUUAACGACGAGCCGCUCUUCACCGCCGAACAGGUGAUUGAGGAGAUAGAAGAGAUGAUGCAGGAUUCUCCCGACCCCGACGACGACGAGAGCCCCUCCCAUUCCGAUCUCUCCAUGCUCUCUCAGGACCUUCACGGCCUGAAACGCUCUGGCUCCGACACGAGCUACGAGGACCGGUUGCGUCAGCUGUCCGUGGCUGAGCUGAAUGAGACGCUGGAGGAGGUGGAGACGGCCAUCCGCAGCUACAGCGAGGAGCUCAUCCAGGCGCUGGCCCUGCGGGACGAGCUGGAGUACGAGAAGGAGGUGAAGAACAGUUUCAUCUCGCUGCUCAUCGACGUUCAGAAUAGGCAGAAGGAGCACCGUGAGCUCCUGCGCAAGAAGAAGAAGAUCCGCAGCGCCGCAAUGCCAGGACCCAACGGCCAGAGGAGCACCAGGACCAACGUCCCCGGCACGUACCUGACCACAGUGAUCCCCUACGAGAAGAAAAUGGGCUCCCCUGCAGUGGAAGACCUCCAGAUCCUUACAAAGAUCCUUCACGCCAUGAGGGACGACAGCGAGAAGGUUCCCGCUCUGCUCACAGAUUACAUCCUCAAAGCUCUGGUAUGAGCGCGCUGGACGCUGAGGUUUGUAAAGGACACGGACUCUUCAUCUUGUACACACUUCUUUUUCUAUCAAUCUCUCUCUUUCGCUCUCUCCCGCUCUGUCACUCUUGAGUAAGGCUGGGCAAGUUUAUGAAAAACAUUAGUGAGAUUAUGAAACGGAUUCCAGAUUGUUUUGUUUUACAAAUCGACCUGAGCAGUAAACCUAAUGGAGAACUGGCCCAGCCCUACUGUCAAACUUCAUCUGCAUCGUUGCAUUUUUGUCCCCUUUCAUUGGCACCCCCGACGUCAAACGUCGUCCAUUUAGCAGCUAGCUAGCAGGCAGUAGCAGCUGGUCACCGCUCCUCACCCGUAGUGGUCUUCGUCUUCACCUCACACGCUAGUCUUGCUCGUCAUGCCCGAACACACUCAUUGUUCAAUUUCCUCUUGUGCUGUCUUCACAGUUCUUUGUCCCACGUAAAAAAAAAAAAAAAAAAAAAAAAAGUCGAUUGGCGACCUCCAGCGUCGCGAACCUCCCCUGGAGCGACGUCGCAAAGAACCUCCUGGAACGCUGGAUCUUACAAACGCGGACUUUCUUCCCUUGUUAUGUAUUCACCUGGACAAGUAGUUGUAUAGAGUCGGCCAAUCCCGAGUUCUUGGUAGACAUUAACCAGUAUUACUCAUCGCACAUCAAAAGACCCUUCUACUUACUACCCGUUUUUAUUCUACGAUGUUCUUCAGUGAGGAAAAUGGAAUCCAGCAUUUCUUUUUUUGGUCCAAAGAUGAAGGGAAACGCCCCGCCGCCAGAGACCUCAGGUGGCAGCAGGCUAACUUUAGCAUCCAUCUGACUCUGCUAACCGCCGACUGAAUGUUGAAAGAUUUUAUUUUAUUUUUUUGUGUAUAUUCCACAUGAAAAAAGGAAAGCCGGAGGAAAAAGUACGACCACCUUGAGUAGUGACCUCGCACCCAACGACCGACUCAUCGUACCUCCUGCAUCACUUAAGAUAGCUAGUACACGAGUUAGCAAGUCAACUCGGCAAUCUCCGUGGCUACGUAGCGCCUUUAAGCUUUUCCCGUUUCGCAAUCUCACCACUUUAGUUAUCACGUUAGCACCUCUCGUCUCUGUAGUGAUUUUCCUAUGUGCUACGUUUGUUGAUUAGCAGUAGAUAAGCUCUUAGCUAGUCAGCAUGCUAACGCGUCGUCUCGUAUGCGACCUUAACCAAUGACAAACUACAUUUUCUGUGCGAAGUUGUCACAGCGAUGCUCUGAGUUGUCACAGCUCCGCACAUAUUGGAAGCUUUUAGGGUCAUUUUUAAUUCAGCAAUCGAACAAUACUGGAAGUUCGCAGUUUACGGUGGUACAGUUUAACGAACAAAACGCGAUUAAGUGAGAAUAUACAUCGUCACGCAGCACAAGAAGGUGAGCUCAGUUAAAGUACCGACAACUUUUCAUUGGUUUUGUUUCUAGAGGCGAGCAAUGUUUGUCAUUUAUCACAUCAUCUGCAAUAAUGACUUUAGGUUACGUCGGUACUCUAGAACCCACAAGGCCAAAACAAGGCCGCCCUGAAGAUGAAUACUGGCGGUGUUCAGGAAGGAUUUUUUUUUUUUUUUUUGUUACCAGAAUUAUACACUACACACAAAUGAUACAAUUACUUGCUGUUGGAGUAGAAAGAUUUUUUUUUUUUUUACUAGGUUACCAGAUUUAUACAAAAAUGGUACAAUUACUUGCUGUUAGAGUAGAAUUUUUUUUUUUUUUUCCCCCCGUCAGGUCCCGGUUUGGAAAAUGGCCAUUUCAGCACAGUAUUCACAUUUAAACAGUGCUGUCUUACAAUAUUGUAAACUACAUUUUUCAUCUCACUAUUAAUUAUUACUUGGGCAUUACUAUUUGACUGAAUUUUAAUGUUGGUCAUGAUGGUAAUACUUGAUUAGCUUUUUAGGUGCAAAAUGCUCCACAACCAUUGUCACUAAUCCACGGCCACUCAACGAAGUCAUAUUUACAGUAAAUACAGUAUUCGCAUUAAAAAAAAAAAACUAUGGACAAAAUAGACACCGUUUUUGUUUGUUUUUCCUGUAAAUGGUAAGUAAUUGUGGCAAUCUCGAGAGUUACAGCAUAAUUUCACUUUGUACGAAAGUCUGAAUGUGCAUCACUAAUCCGCACCGAGGUGUAAUCAUAAUUGCAUAAACACGUUCAAGCCAUAAAUAUAAGACAUUUAAUUGAAAAACAUGAAGUGUGGCAGUAAAUGGGAGCUAUUCCUUGUGCCGUGUGGCUACUUCUUACAUCGUCCAUAGUCGCGAAAUGAUGGAUGUCGGGACCGUUGUACACCCAGGACCCCCCUCCCCCCCACAAAUAUCU